AUGGCAGACUUGUGGGGAAAACCAUCUUUUGCUGCCAGGAGGCACUAUGACGACACAACAAAGGGAUCUGUCUUCGUUUACACAGAUUCAAACAAUACCAAAGAUCCCUUUGAGGGUCCCAAUUACCACAUCGCUCCACGAUGGGUGUACCAUCUUGCCACACUUUGGAUGUUUGUGGUGGUUAUCGCAUCAUCUUUCACCAAUGGUCUCGUCAUAGUGGCCACAGCAAAGUUCAAGAAACUCCGGCAUCCUCUUAACUGGAUCUUGGUCAAUCUUGCAGUUGCAGAUCUUGGAGAGACACUUUUGGCUAGUACCGUCAGUGUAUGGAACCAGCUUUUUGGUUACUUUGUUCUAGGACACCCAAUGUGCAUGUUUGAAGGCUACACGGUUGCAACCUGCGGUAUUACAGCUCUUUGGUCACUGACUAUCAUCUCCUGGGAAAGAUGGUUUGUUGUGUGUAAACCUUUUGGAAAUAUCAAGUUUGAUGCCAAAUUGGCUACGAUUGGAAUUGUGUUUUCCUGGAUUUGGGCGGCAUGUUGGUGUGCUCCCCCGCUCUUUGGAUGGAGCAGGUACUGGCCUCAUGGACUUAAAACUUCCUGCGGACCUGAUGUAUUCAGUGGAAGAGAGGACAUUGGAACCCAGUCCUACAUGAUUGCACUUAUGACUACAUGUUGUUUUCUUCCCCUGAGUAUCAUCAUCUUUUGCUACCUUGCUGUCUGGAUGGCUAUCCGUGCUGUUGCCUUGCAGCAGAAAGAAUCAGAGUCAACCCAGAAAGCUGAGAGAGAAGUUUCCAGGAUGGUGGUUGUCAUGAUUAUUGCAUAUAUUUUCUGCUGGGGACCUUACACCUUCAUGGCUUGCUAUGCUGCAGCUAACCCUGGACAGUCUUUCCAUCCUCUGGCUGCAUCCAUGCCUGCAUAUUUUGCUAAGAGUGCGACCAUCUACAACCCAAUUAUCUAUGUCUUCAUGAACCGGCAGUUCCGUGAAUGCAUUAUGAAACUUUUUGGCAAAGAAGUUGAAGAAGCCUCUGAAGUUUCAUCAUCAUCAAAGACAGAAGUCUCAUCUGUUGCUCCUGCUUAA